AAGCAUGCCGCAAGUUCCAACUAUGGCGUUGUAGCGAGCGGACGUGUUUUCGGUUUGCCUUCCCGUGUCGCCGCGGCGCUCUUCGGUUGUUGUGUUACAAUUAUUAUACCAUACACAGGUAUAGAGAGUACUCUAUAGCGCGUGUUGUGUGUUGUGUUGUUAUCUCAAAUGCGCGCUGUACGUGUUAACAAUUUGUGUUUUGCCAUUUCGUAACAGUGAAUAAAAAAAAAGAUUUCGUGUAGGGAAAAAAUGAUAAACGGCAAGUUCACCUUUUUUCCGGGUGGAUACUCUCUGUUGUGGAAGUGAGGUUCUUUUGUGGUUGGUGGUGGUGGUCGUAUUGAUAGAACAUCUACCGCCGCACGAACUUGUGCACUGUCGCUUUCAGCCGAGAGGAGGCGCACACUUUUCACCACCCCAUUUCCUGUGCAUGACAGCAGUCGGUAGCUUUUCGCUGAGAAACACCCUCCCUGCAAGAGAGCGCUCCCCUUGCUCGUUCUUGCGCCUGUACACGGAACACACCGAAGGAGGCUACGUCACCAAACUUCUUGUGCUUCUCUGCUCAGUACGUGUCGGAAAAGUUACGGAUACGGUUUGCUAGUGCAUCAACUCGACAGGCCAAUCAGGAUUUUUGGCGUAAAGUGCAAGAGUUGGAGUGUGGAUCGUUUGGAGUGUGGAAAGUAAAAGGAUUUUACUUUCCGAGAACACAAGCGCAUACGGUCCAUCCAAUGGGGUACGUGGCGAUCUGAAAUUGCCCACCCAUCAACGAUUUUCCGCCAACCAUAUGGUAGGAUUCUAGCGAGCGUGUAACGCGAUUUCGGAAAAAAAACGGUUUUCAAAUCGUAACAAAACCACAAUUUGUUGUUUAUCGGAAAGUGUUUCAGUGAGUGGUCGUGUCAAAGCACUGCAUCGGCCCUGUAGGUGCUAAACGGAAAGAAAAAUAAAUUUAAAUAUUGACAGUGUCUGUUUUCCCAUACUUUUUUUACACUCGCCGUGAAACGUCGCCAGUUACAGUUGAGCUAUUUAGUAUUUUUUGCCCCUGACUGCCUGGGGGCUUCAUAUGGGUGUUUUGUAAAUAAGGCUUGGAAAAAAAACACGAAGCGCUGAGAAAAAUUAAGCUUCCCCCACACUGGUGUUGUUGUGCGUUUGUUUGUGUGGUGCCGUACCGCCACUGUGCGCCACUAGCUCGAGUAACGAGCGGCGUUCGGAGUCAUCAACUGUCAGAGUGCCAUCAAAAUACAUAUAAGUAUGGUUUGAAUAAUAAUAAAAAAACACGAAGCGAUGUCAGCAGGUGACAACUGAGUGGUGAACCGGAGGUAACUAACAAAGGCAAAAGAAAACAGUCAACAUACACACACCCAGACUGUUGGCAGGGGAAAGAAUUGAGGGCCUUUUGAAGCCGUUGGAGUGACGUUUUUUUUUGCUGGAAGGAAGCAAGGGCUCAUCAAUCGUCCUUCGCACUCGAAGCAACCACGACCGACCGCAUUGGAAAGGAUGAACCAAACCAGGACAACAUGCGACCUGGCGUUAUAGGGCCUGGUGUGAGGACAACAAUCGUCGACGGAGCGAUCGACUAGUCGGUGGCGAGACUACUAACCAAUGAAACCUGAAAGCUGUGGAAUAAUUUGACCUCGGAAAGUACUCGGUACUGUCACCGCAAUGGAACAUCAUGGCCUGUACACGGACAUAUCGAAUAGUUUCCCUAGCAACGGCGGAGUGCUGCCGAAUACAAAUGUAAAGUAUCAUCAUCACCAUCUACCGCAAAUCCCACCCCAACCGCCACCGCAAUCCAACAACGCCAACGGACAGGUUGGUAAUCCACAGGUAUACCUAUCCCAGCAGCAGCAGCAGCAGCAUCAACAACAGACAGGAAGUUACGGUCAGCAACAGCAAAAGGUACAAAGUCAGCAUGUCGAUUCAGACCCGAUAGGUAGCGAUCUGUAUCAGGACGCUGCCGGCCUGUUCGAUGCGACCAAUGCUCUAUGCAACAGCAGUAGUGGUAGUACAUAUAGUAACAAUAGUAACAACAGUAACGUUAACAAUAGUAAGAACGUCGAGUUUACGUCGCGAAAAUUUGAAACCAAUACAGGCGAUAGUAUUACGUAUAAUAUCAACAAUAUCAACACAAAUAUUGUGAAUAAUAUUAGCGGUAGCGGCUUAGCAGCGAACGGUGUUCAGGGAAUCAACCCAGGGCAGGCCGCUAUCACCGGUGGUCCAACGACGGAUUUCCUCGGGAAUACGCAGUUUGCGACCCCCGGUGGCAACGCCCAGAUCUCGUUCAACAAGGAAAGUGAUACGAAUCCAACGAUCAUCAACAUUAGCAAUAACAAUCAUAAUAUUAUGGCACCACCCUAUCCGUAUCCGUACCAAGCAAAGAUCUCCGGAAUGGGUGCAUUGAACGAACUGAACACAAAGUUUGGUGUUAACCACGGUUGGGCAGCCAGUGCCGCUACGUCCCACUCUGGUGUUUCGGCCGAUUUCGGCCACGAAAACACUAUCAUCAGUAAUUUUGAAGCGAAAAAUCCUAACAAAUAUCACACCAAUCGUACAAACUAUCGAUAUCAGCAGGACUUUGUUCAGCCUCCUAGCCAACAGGCGCAAACGGCUACACACUAUCAACACAACUACGGUCUGUACCAUCCGGAAGGAGCUCAGGCUACUUCGAUUCCACAACCAAACGGUAACCAUGGCUACGAACCCUACCCGCAUAUUGUGCGUGGAAAGUAUACCUCGUUGGAUGAAGCCAAUCGCUAUGGACGCAGCCAUCAGCAUCAUUCAACCGGUCACUCACAGGUUCAUCACGAUCUUGUGUACAACGAUCGGUCUCGAUAUGCAAACAGCUUUGCUGGUGGCUAUGGACCACCAACACCCGGAUACUAUCCGACUGCUCAGCCUACGAACAAAAAUAUCCUGAACCCGAAUGUGGAGUACUUCAACAAUGGUUAUAUAAAACAAAUGCAGUCGAUGGGUCACCAUGCGGCUAGUCCUUAUGUGCCUACUCGACCAACUUAUCCCCACCAAGGUACAACCAUGCAUGGCUAUCACCAGCAAGGCUAUCAUUUAAACCACCAACCCACCUACGAUGAUCCAUAUCAUCAUCGGACCCGAGUUCCUACCAUGCCCCAUCACAUGAAUGAUCCUCACAGUCAACAACCCUACGCAAACUACCCGAACCACGUCGGCACUCACGCCUAUCCACCGAACCACAAGCUAACCUUCAGCAAAACAACCAACGAUUUCUACACCCCUAACAUUCAUCCCCAUCCCUACAACAAUCCUUUGUCGCAUCCGCAAACCCCCACAACCGUGCGUCACACACCCCACUACAGCAUUAAAUACACCUCGCAAACCAUCGUCCCGCCGCACAACCAAUCAAAACCGAUCUCACAUUCGAGUAUGCCAGUUGCUGGCCAACAACCUCCCCAAAAAUCCUCCAACAGCUGCUACUUCGAUACCCCGAACCCAAUCAUCGACAUGAAUCACCCGCUGGUCGAUCUGGAGGAACAGAUCAACAGUGUCAAGAUUCUGAAAACCAAUCGUGAAGGUGCCGUCGGUUAUGAGAACAGUCACGCGCUCAACUACGACUGUCAGCAAAAGUAUCUGAUGAACCACUACCUGCAUUCGAAGACUACGUCCGGACCCGGAGGAGGAUACCUCCCGAACCACCCCACCAAUCCAACCAAUUACGGUUACACCACGAUGGAGCAGCUAGGACUUGGUCCACGUAGUUUCGUGUUGGAUGAGAAUCUGAAGGAUAAAAAUCUUCGCGAUUAUCUGAGUAGUUGGAAUGAAACGGAAGAAGAGGAUACCAGUGGAGGAGCAGGAGGAGGAGCCGCCGUCGGUAUUGGUAACGCCGAAGCAAAGGAAACCAAUAACAACCAUCCAACCCACCUGAACUUUGAAUCCUGUAAAUACCUGGAGGAAGCCCUGGACCAGCAGCUUCCUCCGCUGUACAGUGGAGUGAUCGUAGCGAAUGUGCAGAACGGAGGACCCCUGCCGGAUAUCCUUGUCGAUCUGGAAAAGACCAAAGAAGAACUGAAGACUGGCCAGGAAACGACCGAGGUGGGCGAAAAGCUGUACAUCCUGGAGACGUACGAUGUGCCGCACUCGGAGCUGAACAAGUACAAACAUCUGAACGUGAUCAACGAGUUACCGAAAAAUGUCGUUCCAAUUCACGACAGUGCCGACUCGCUGAAGUUUUUGGAGGAGAUUGAGUCCAACCGGGAUAAAUACUAUCAGACCGAGCUGGAAUCGGAGGUGGUGUAUGAGGAACGGAAGAAGGACGAGGAGAAGAAGGAAGGACAAGCGGUUGCCGGUAAAGGUGUGAAAGAGCAGCAGAAAAGAGUUGGCGAACCUGUUUUGAAGACGGUGGAGAAGGAGGCGGUAAAGAACGAUAAGCCGGUUGCGGAGGCAGUUGUAGAGAAGGAUAGGAAAAUAACUGAAAGCGGAGAAGAUGAAGCUUUUAAGGUACCUCGUUACGUUCCGAAGUAUCGAAAGCGUAGACAUUACUACCACGACUAUCCGCGAUUCCCGAAGAAGGCCCGGCGGUCGAGCAUCGAGGAGUUUUUGUACUCGGAUGUACCGAAACCGAAGCCAGUGGCUUUAAAGAAAAAUCCGAAGAAGCUGCUAACGCUCUGUGUGGCGUCGCUGAAUUCGCGAGUGUUUAGACGAUACGCAAAGGAGGAUAUCGCAAGAAGAAAGGAAGCAGCUGCGGUGAAAGAAAUGGAGUUGACACGGAGCGUUGAAUGUUCUGAGCAGACAGUCGGUAUAGAAGAACUACCGGAGGAAAUAAUUGAGAAGGUUAGCGAAACUUCGAAUGCAGAAGUUGUUGAGAAACUGGCAGCUGAAUCGCUUGAACUGAACGAGAAUAUCCUCAGACAGGAGUCUGAUAACAGCACAAAGCGAUCAGAGGAAUCUGAAGAAAUCGGUGAAAUUGAACCGAAAGUUUCUGAAACAGCGUGUGGACAAACAGAUGAACAAGUAUUAACUGAAGCAGUGGAAAUGAGUCAACAGUCUGCUAACGAAGAACACACGAAAACGUCAGUAGACGAAGAAAAAGUUUUAUCUGACGCUUUUGAAUCCGAAACGAGCGAAAGUCAGACUACACUUGCAGAGGAGCAAGUUCCAUCGCCAGCUAAAACUCCUACCCUGGAUAUCAACGAAGAAGACCCUUUAACAGCGGAACCAGAGGCGAAAGACGAAUCGGAAACGUCCAACUCAUCAGACAACAACAUCACAGAAUCAAUCGAUCUAACCGAAUCGGAUGUGGACGACGAUGUGUUUGAAGAAUCUCCCGCGGAACUGAAGAACAACUUGGAAAAUAACAAAGUUUCCGUAAUCGUCGACGAAGCGAGGUCAUCAGAUAGUUCAACUUCCGCUGACAGCUCAUCGGAAGAUGACUCCGAUAGUUCCGCUGAAGCAGAUGCCGAAGACGCUUCCGCUCAACCGAAACCCAAACCCGAAGCGCAACAGGUAUCGGUAAUCCAGAAGCUCGAAUCGAUAGAAUACUGUCCAGCUGACGAUAUCGAGGAACCGACUCCGAUAUUCAACGCACUAUCGCUACGUGAAAUCGCGAGCGAGGCAUUCGAGCGAUACCAUCUACUGUACGACUACCAGCGUGUUCCGACGCUACGGAAGUUGUGCUACGAGUUUCUUCUUGAGAAGAAUCUUCUACCCCAACCAGAAUCGCUGCAGAGCAUAUGCGAACGAUUCAUCUGCAACAACCGGCAGCUAUUCAUCAUCGAGGAGAUCCGGCAUCAACCGGAACGGCUGCAGGACAUCUGUCAACGGGUGGUCAACGAAACCAACAUCAUCAUUGACGUGAACAAUUUGUGUAUCUACAGCGGCGAGGAACUGUUGGAGCAGGAGAAGGAGGAACAGGAAGGUCGUGUGUUUAUCGUGGAAGAUGGACACGGAACGAUUGCGGAUCUGCUGAGGGACAGCGAGGACAUGGAGGCAGGAAUGGUGAUAAUUCCGGAGGAAGCUAGCGAGGAACAUGAAAUAUUUCUCGGAUCGAAAAAUGGUGGCGAAAGCUUACAGGUGAUAAUGGAGAGUCAAUCGUUCUCGGAUAGCGAGAAUGAGAUCUACAAGAAGGUUGAACAGGAAAUUGAGAAGAUGAUGACGACCAGUUCGGAUGAGGAGGAUGAGGAAGCUAAAAAAGCUCCCCAUGUUGUUAACGAGGAAAUAUUGAAGCAUGAAUUCUUUUCGUUCGUUGAAGAGGACGGCUGUAUUCAGUACGAGGAGGUUAUUCCUGUAAACAAAGAAGCUUACCGGAGGGACAGUCUGAUCAGAGAUUUGAGGGAAAAGUAUAUUGUUACGAAAGGGAUGCUGUUAACGUGUAGGUUGAAAUUACUUCGGAAGUACUUGUGUUACCAGCGGUUUAUUACAACAAAGGACCAAAGAGUGCUGUCAAAGCGAAGAUUUUUCAGCAAACGUCUGAUUUGUUUACGGAAGAAAAUUGCGGCGAUGAGCCGACGGGCUGAAAUCCUUGAAGACAGUGAUAGCAACAGUAGUUCCGCAUCUAGCGUUAGUAGUUCGAGCAGUAGCAGCAAUGAUAGUUCAUCAAGUUCCGCUAGUGGCAGAAGCUCAGCGACUGAGGAAAUGGUUACGGAAACCGAAAUUAUGGAGCGAUCCUGUGAAAGUCUAUCAGAAGAUGCGUCCAAUCAGUCGGAAAGUUUCGUUACCGAACGACUACUUGAAACCAACAACAAUCAGCUAGAAGCUGAAGUGGAAACGAAACCGGCCCACGUAGAAUCUCAGCAGCCUACCAAAGAGGAAGACAGUAAUAGCAAUAGUUCGGAUAGCAGAUCACGGGGCUGCCCUCGUCGAACCCUGAACAUUCCACAGUUGAUGAAAAAGAAGAAACUCAGUUUCGAGGAAAGCUUGCUAAACAUUGAACAGAUGUACAAGAAAACCGGUAGCCCAACACCCACGUCGGAAAGUUCCAAUUCGACGAACUCUGCACCUGCAACCAGAAAGCGUCGCUAUUCAACCAACUGCCGUCCGAACGUGAUCGUCAACGUCAACAACAAUCGGGAAGCCCCGAAAAAACUAAUCAUUCCGGCGUACAAAAUUUUCGACCAAACAUUAGCCAUCGAGGGCACUGCUGCGCCAAGAACCUACAGCCGAACGGUAAGCAGAAGCAGUAGCAGCAGCAGCAACAGUAAUAGUAAUUGUAACAACGCCAACAAUAAACUAGUAAACAGUACCCAGCGAAGCAGUGGAUUAAUUCGAGUUAACUACCCGAACAAACCAUCACAAUCGAGCAAGAUCGCAGCAGGCGGUGGAGCUGGUUCACGAGCGUGCCUACUGCCGAUCACUAAUGGCGGACCCUGUCUCGAUCGACGCGUUCCCUUCGUCCGGCUAGAACGCAUCGAUUACGUGGAAAAGCUAGCGGAAAAGUAUCGCAAACAACAGCAGCAGCAGCAAUUUUCGAAGCAACGGCAACGGCGGAAAUCGACCUUCACUUAGACGUCGCCAGCACCGUUACUAGUUACUAGUUUAGAGUGUAAUCGUCGCGGACGUGAACAUGCCGCGUGUGUUGCGUGUCCAACGUGCUUAUCAAGGGCUGUUUGUUUCUGGUUAUAGUUUUGCAGUGGCAAAUUGUUGUUGCCCUACCCCCG